GGCGAGUGGCAGCCAUUGGUGCGGGGGGCGAUCCGAGUUCCCGGAUGAGGGAACAUUCUGCAGUAUAAAGGGAGCGGGGAAGGCGGGAGACAGCGCAGUUUGAAUCGCGGUGCGCCAGAGCAGUAGCCGGCGGGAUCUCUGCCCGGGUGUUUGCUUGGUCCAUUCUCUGCCGUGAGCGUGUGUGCGAGAGGGCUUCACGCACAACUCAAAAUGGCUGGCGGGAAGGCUGGGAAGGACUCCGGAAAGGCGAAGACAAAGGCGGUUUCCCGCUCGCAGAGGGCUGGUUUGCAGUUCCCAGUGGGCCGUAUUCAUCGGCAUCUGAAGUCCAGGACAACGAGCCAUGGACGCGUGGGAGCCACUGCUGCCGUGUACAGUGCAGCCAUCCUGGAAUAUCUAACUGCAGAGGUUCUUGAGCUGGCAGGAAAUGCAUCAAAAGAUUUAAAGGUGAAGCGCAUCACUCCUCGCCACUUGCAGCUUGCCAUUCGCGGGGAUGAAGAAUUGGACUCUCUUAUUAAGGCAACAAUUGCUGGUGGUGGUGUGAUUCCACACAUCCAUAAAUCUCUGAUCGGAAAGAAAGGACAACAGAAGACUGUUUAAAAGGAUGCCUGGAUUCCAUGUUAUCUCAGGACUCUAAAUACUCUUAAACAACUGUCCAGUGUUGGUGAUUUCCAGUGGACUGUAUCUCUGUGAAAACCACAAUUUUGCCUUUUUGUAAUUCUAUUUUGAUUAAGUUGGAAGCUUACUUACGCUUUCCAGCCAACCAAAUUUCUGCAUUGAAGUCUUAACCAUAUUUAAGUGUUACUGUGGCUUCAAAGAAGCUAUUGAUUCUGAAGUAGUGGGUUUUGAUUGAGUUGACUGUUUUUAAAAAUCUGUUUGGAUUUUAAUUGUGAUGCAGAAGUUAUAGUAACAAACAUUUGGUUUUGUACAGACUUUUAUUUCCACUCUGGUGGAUAAGUUCAAUAAAGGUCAUAUCCAAAACAA